UCACUAUCAGACAUAUCUCUCUCCUCACUCCUGAUCCCUCGCCACGGACGCGCCAUGACCGGAGCUCCGCCAUCCACCGUAAUGGCGAUGGGUGCGGCCACCUCCCCUUGCAAGAUCUUGAGCGCCACGCAACGUGCCUCCACCGCGGCGGCUUCGGCAUCCACCUCCCGCGAGUCCGUCUCCCUCCUCCGCGCGCCACGGGGACGGCGCCAGCGCCCGCGCGGGUUGGCCUUGUCCCUGGCUCCAGCGCGACGGCCGUUUGUCUUCUCCCCGCGCGCCGUGUCAGACUCCAAGAGCUCCCAGACCUGCCUCGACCCUGACGCAAGCACGAGUGUUCUCGGAAUCAUUCUGGGAGGUGGUGCAGGGACUAGAUUGUAUCCUCUGACAAAGAAGCGUGCGAAGCCUGCUGUGCCAUUGGGUGCCAACUACAGGCUUAUUGAUAUUCCUGUCAGCAAUUGUUUGAACAGCAAUAUAUCAAAGAUCUAUGUGCUGACACAGUUCAACUCUGCUUCUCUUAAUCGUCAUCUCUCACGAGCCUAUGGGAGCAACAUUGGAGGAUACAAGAAUGAAGGAUUUGUUGAAGUCCUCGCGGCACAGCAGAGCCCAGACAAUCCUAACUGGUUUCAGGGUACUGCAGAUGCUGUAAGGCAGUAUUUAUGGCUAUUCGAGGAACAUAAUGUUAUGGAAUAUCUAAUUCUUGCCGGAGAUCACUUGUACCGAAUGGACUAUGAAAAGUUUAUUCAGGCGCACAGAGAAACAGAUGCUGAUAUUACUGUUGCCGCCUUGCCCAUGGAUGAGGAACGUGCAACUGCAUUUGGCCUUAUGAAAAUCGAUGAAGAAGGGAGGAUAGUUGAAUUUGCAGAGAAACCAAAAGGAGAGCAGUUGAAAGCAAUGAUGGUUGAUACGACCAUACUUGGUCUUGAUGACGUGAGGGCAAAGGAAAUGCCUUAUAUCGCUAGCAUGGGUAUCUACGUUAUUAGCAAACAUGUAAUGCUCCAGCUUCUCCGUGACCAAUUUCCUGGAGCUAAUGACUUUGGAAGUGAGGUUAUUCCUGGUGCGACUAGCACUGGAAUGAGGGUACAAGCAUACUUAUAUGAUGGUUACUGGGAAGAUAUUGGUACAAUUGAGGCAUUCUAUAACGCAAAUUUGGGAAUUACCAAAAAGCCAAUACCAGAUUUCAGUUUCUAUGACCGUUCUGCUCCAAUUUACACCCAACCUCGACACUUGCCUCCUUCAAAGGUUCUUGAUGCUGACGUGACAGACAGUGUUAUUGGCGAAGGAUGUGUUAUUAAAAACUGCAAGAUACACCAUUCAGUAGUUGGACUGCGGUCCUGCAUAUCUGAAGGUGCAAUUAUAGAGGACACAUUACUAAUGGGCGCAGACUACUAUGAGACUGAAGCUGACAAGAAACUCCUUGCCGACAAAGGUGGGAUUCCCAUUGGUAUUGGAAAGAAUUCACACAUCAGAAGAGCAAUCAUUGACAAGAAUGCUCGUAUUGGAGACAACGUGAAGAUAAUCAAUGUUGACAAUGUUCAAGAAGCAGCCCGGGAGACUGAUGGAUACUUCAUCAAAAGUGGCAUCGUAACUGUGAUCAAGGAUGCUUUACUCCCGAGUGGGACAGUCAUAUGAAACAGAUGCAAAAUAUGUGGCAAGUCACGGCGCUUCUUGUAUCAUUCUGCAAUCAACCAAUGAGGUCGCCAGAAGAUCAUAAGAGCAAUAAAAAGGAGUGCCCUGCAAGGCACUUCUUCGUCUUUUUUCUCCCUUAAUGUAUUAGGAACCGUAAUGUACAAGCAACUUGCAUCCAGAUGUUCUGGAGAUCGAAUAUACCUGCUUGCAUCUUGUUGUUUCAAAUAUGAAGUGUACUAGAUAAAGACCCGCAUGUUUUUUCACGAUAUUACGAAACUUUGUAGUUGAUUUGAUUUCUCCA